AUGCGUAGCCCGGUAAUCGCCUUUUCCAUCCUCGCCGCUGCUGCGGUAAGCCCCAGUCUCGUUGCUGGUGCGCCCACCUCGCCGAACCCGGACACCGGCGUUGUACAUUCCCCUCGCAUGCUCGCCCCCUCGUCCAUUGGUAGGUUCGCCGCCGGUCAUGGCGGAAAUGGCGGCGGUGGUAGUGGUGGUGGUGGUAAUAACGGAGGUCCUGGCGAUGUUGUUUCUGGGGCUCUUGCUGGUGGUAAUGUUCCUGGGGUUCCUGGGGUUCCUGGGGUUCCUGAGACGAUAGCGAAAACUGCCGGCACAGCCACGGGGGCUUCCGCUGACAAGAAUAACGCUGCUCAGCUCAACACACAGAAGCCCAGUCUUCAGAGCCACCGCGCAGCGGAACAACAGCUCCAUAAUCCUUCUCCUCCUACUAUCGGCGACGUUGGUUCUCACAGCAAACGUGCCUCGGAUCAGUACACCGCUGGAGGAAACUCCUACACUGGAGCCACCAGCAGUACUUCUGGUGGUAACGCUAUCGCCGUUUCUCAUGGAAAUACUGGUGACCCCGCGGUGGAUGGGAUCACUAAUGAGGACGAUGUAACUGGUGGUGCCGCCGGCGACUCGUUUAGCGGUUUCAGCUACGGUGGUGAUGGCGGUGGUCACGGACCAGGUGGAAAUGCCUACUCUGGAGCCGUUGCCUCCUCAUACGGAGGAGACGUCAUCAACGACAGCGACGAUGGUAUUGACAAUGAAGGCGACAAUUUGGGCGGCGCUGGUGGGUUCGACGAGAGCGGUGAUUCCGUCGGCGGUGACGCACAUGGCUUCACUAUCGACAACGUUCGCCCCAACGUACACAGGCGUGCGGGCGACCAGGGCACGGCCGGAGGUAACGCAUACACGGGAGCAAGCGGCAACGUUGACGGGGGCGAUAUUAUUAACCAUUCGAACGCCGAUGACACGACUACCAACGAGGGCACAAUCACUGGUGGUGCCGCUGGAGACACGUACUCCGGAGACGCUGACGGUGGUAACGGUAAUGGAUAUGGUCCUGGUGGUAACGCGUACACUGGCUCAACUGGUUCCGCCAAGGGCGGAAGUGUCUACAACUUCGGCGGAACAAUCGACAAUGAAGAUACCGUCACUGGUGGCGCGGGCGGUGAGAGCGAGAGUGGUGACGCUGUUGGCGGCGAUGCCUAG